AGAAAACAUUAUUAAAAGUAUAUUAAAAUCAGAAAUUUUUGCUAUUGUUGGUAAUGUAAGCAAAUUAUUAUAUGAUUCAACAAUAGAUUGAUCUAAUUACGAAAGUUUCGAAGAAGGAAAUAUUCACACAGUCAACUUUGUAGUUUUUGUAGUUUCUUCAUUCAACAUUUCUAAUAAUUUAAAAGUGAAAGCGCUCAAAUAUUCUCCUGUCAUUGAUUAAAAAAUUAUAAUUGCCGGACCAGCAUCUAGAGAUUCAAAUAAUUUCCUAGUGAUAUUUCCAACAUCCGAUUCUAUUUUUACAAUUCCCCACAAUGAUACCUUACACCUUACUAUUAUU